AUGUUUAUUUUUGGAACAAAAAGAAUCCCACUUUCAACAUUACCAUCACAAAUAUCGUCAUUCGAUACAACACCAAGAAGUCUAUUAAUAUCAUCAAUACUUAGGAGCUUGAGGCAUAAAAUCAAUACCUCAAACAAGACCAUGAGUGGAUUAUUAAUAAAUGAUAAUAUUAUUGACUUAUUCCAUCACCGAAAAUACUUAUCAGAUGGCGAGUACUCUUUUCUGAAGAAGCUUUUCACGAUAGAUUACAAUAUUGAAAAAAUACAAUUUGAUUUGUUGGAAGAAAUCGAAAAAAUAUACAAGUGUGAUGACGAAAAAAUAAGGCCUGGAGAAAUAUAUAAAAACCUGGGUAUUAUUAGAAUCAAUCAUAAAUUUUCAAUUGACACCUUUUCAGAACGUCAAAAGUUGUUCAUAAUUUCUAUGGUUGAAGAUUUCUUAUUAAAGUUUCAGUUGGGUUUUUUCAAGUCUGAUUUCAUGAAUGAAGCAAAAUACGUGGUAGAGUUUUUUGGCCGUUUAACAAUGGUUUUAUCAUUAAACUUAACAAACACAUCGUGGGAUUUACAGUCACCUUCUAUGAAAGAAAAAAUGAGAACUGAAAACCGAGACACCAGAGAAACAAAUCGUCCAGAUUUUGCUUUGAUAAAUAAUUCUGGUUAUGAAUUAAUUAUGCUAGAAGUUGCAGGUUCUCCUGAUGUUGAUGAUCCAGAUAAACAUAAUUAUGACGAGCUGAAGUUAUCACACAAUUUAUUAGAAUCCUUUAAUUUCAUCUUUGGGAGAGAAAAAUACCUGUACCAGAUAAUUUAG